CCGUUGACAGUCAGUAUUGACAGUCAUUUGACAGUUCAAAAAUUAUUCUGGUAAAAAAAAAACAGAAAACAAAUGGAUGAUUAUCGUUAAACUAAUUUUAUUAAUUUAUAAAUUUGUUUAAGAAACUUCAGGAUCGCAUUUCUUCAGCGGUGCUAACAAAAGGAGUAAAAAUAGACUCGGUGUGGGGUUGGGCGUCUCCGCCCUUGCGUUUACAACUGGCCCCACAUCUACGUGGGCCUUGUAGAAUGGGUGAAAUGACUGGGGGAGACAGACCACCUUCUCCAGCUCGUCUAUCACACUCUUCUGAAAAGCACCCCAAGAACACUCUCACUGAGCUCAACUUGCUUCGCAGACACAGAGAACUCUGUGAUGUAGUAUUAAAUGUGGGUUCAAGAAAAAUUCUUGCACAUAGAGUUAUUUUAAGUGCCUGCAGCCCAUAUUUUAGGGCAAUGUUCACAGGUGAACUAGCAGAAUCCCGCCAAACUGAAGUGACUAUUCGUGACAUAGAUGAGUCAGCUAUGGAUCUCCUAAUUGAUUUUUGCUACACAUCGCACAUUGUGGUAGAAGAAUCAAAUGUUCAAAUGUUACUUCCAGCAGCUUGUCUUUUGCAGUUAACUGAAAUUCAAGACAUUUGUUGUGAAUUUCUAAAACGACAGUUGGAUCCGUCAAACUGUUUAGGAAUUAGAGCAUUUGCAGAUACUCAUUCUUGCCGGGAAUUAUUAAGAAUCGCUGAUAAAUUUACACAACAUAAUUUUCAAGAAGUGAUGGAAUCCGAGGAAUUUCUGUUAUUACCAGUAGGUCAACUUGUAGACAUUAUUGCAAGUGAUGAAUUAAAUGUGCGCACAGAAGAACAAGUGUUUAAUGCGGUUAUGUCUUGGGUUAAAUAUAAUGUGUCCGAUAGAAGGCAACAUUUGCCUCAAGUUUUACAACAUGUACGUUUGCCCUUAUUAAGUCCAAAAUUUCUUGUUGGUACAGUGGGAUCAGAUUUGUUAGUGAGAUCCGAUGAAUCAUGCAGAGAUUUAGUGGAUGAAGCUAAAAACUAUUUACUAUUACCUCAAGAAAGACCUCUCAUGCAAGGACCGAGGACACGACCUAGAAAACCCACCCGAAGAGGAGAAGUUCUCUUCGCUGUUGGGGGAUGGUGUAGUGGAGAUGCAAUUGCAUCGGUAGAAAAAUUUGAUCCUCAAACGAUGGAAUGGAAAAUGGUUGCACCAAUGAGUAAACGUAGAUGUGGCGUAGGAGUAGCGGUUUUAAACGAUCUCCUCUAUGCUGUGGGUGGCCAUGAUGGUCAGAGUUAUUUAAAUAGUAUUGAAAGGUAUGACCCUCAGACGGACCAGUGGUCAUGUGAUGUGGCUCCUACUACGUCUUGUCGAACAAGUGUGGGAGUAGCCGUUUUAGAUAAUUUACUCUAUGCCGUAGGAGGUCAAGAUGGGGUUCAAUGUUUAAACCAUGUUGAAAGAUAUGAUCCUAAAGAGAAUAAAUGGACAAAAGUAGCUCCUAUGACAACACGUCGCUUAGGAGUAGCAGUAGCUGUGUUGGGUGGAUAUCUGUAUGCGAUAGGAGGCUCCGAUGGUCAGUCUCCUUUAAAUACAGUUGAAAGAUAUGAUCCUCGUCAUAACAAAUGGACACUGGUGAGCCCAAUGUCUACACGUAGAAAACACCUAGGCUGUGCUGUUUUUAAUAAUCUUAUUUAUGCCGUCGGCGGAAGGGAUGACUGUAUGGAAUUGAGUAGUGCGGAAAGAUAUAAUCCUCAUACUAAUUCUUGGAGCCCUAUCGUAGCUAUGACAUCACGAAGAAGUGGGGUGGGUUUAGCUGUAGUCAAUGGCCAAUUAUAUGCUGUAGGUGGAUUUGACGGCACAGCUUAUUUAAAAACGAUAGAAUUUUACGACACUGAACAAAAUCAAUGGAGGCUGUGUGGAUCGAUGAAUUACAGGAGGUUGGGUGGUGGUGUGGGUGUAAUGAGAGCACCUCAAACUGAAAAUCGAAUUUGGUAGUUUAAAAACUAUCAUGUUUUUUAAAAAAAUUUAUACUCAUAAGAAACAUUUCAUUGAAAUAAAUUAGUAACUAUGUCUUUAAUUUAUCGUCAUAAAAUUUCUGAAUUGUGGUAUUAUUUUUUUAAGGAAUAAUAGAACCACAGAGUUAUUAUCAUGUACCAUUGUGUACAGUCUGACUAUUAAGUUUUAAGACUGAUUUUAUUGUGCUGAAGUGUAUGGCGCUAUCUAUGUGCGGUUAACGGGACUACGUAGUGGGAAGCCUUCUGAGCUGCUGAAUAAAAUUUCAUCAGUAUAUGUGUAUCUACCACGAAGUUAUAACGUUUUGCAUGAAGCGAUUUUUUGGUAGUUGUCAUGGAAAUGCACAUUGAAUAGCGUUCAGCAAUCAAGUUCUGUUUUAAAACCGGUAAAACAGCCACGAAAACGUAUGAAUUGUUACAAUUGGCAUACGGUGAGGAGUGUAUCACGUCCGAUUGUGUUCUUGUAGUUCAGGCCAUUACGAUAUCUCUCGACCCACAAAAACACAGUCGGAUGUGAUACACACUCCUCACUAUACUCCGUUUGUAAUAAUUGAUAUGUUUCCGUGGCUGUUUCACAGACUUUAAAACAGAACUUGAUUGCUGUAAGCUGUUCAAUGGGCAUUUCCUACUAUAUAGUUCCAUUAACCCCACAUAUACAGGGUGUUUGUAAAUAAGUGCGAAAUAUUUUAGGGGGUGGUUGUCGAAGUUAUUUUGUGUAAAAAUCUUCAUAUAAAUGUUAGUCAAAAUAUGCUUUGUUUCCGAGAUACGGAGUGUUUAAAUUUAAAUUUUUUAUUUAUUUUUAUUAAUUAUUUCAGAUAGUUUUA